AUGCUUCCUGUUUUCCAUGACGGUUUGAAGCUGGACCUAAAGGACCAUGUGGAUGUCUCAGUGACGGUUGGAGGCGUGGCUCACCUGCGCUGCCCUCUCACUCCCUCCUCAGACGUCCUGCAGAUUAUGUGGCAGAAGCUGGAGCCUGAAGAGCCUGUCACUGUGGCCACGUGUCUUCCGACCAAGCACAAACUCAACCCAAAGUUCACUGACGUCUUUAUCCUCAGCGGAGCAGGACUGGAGGACUGUGAUCUGGAGGUUCUAUCCGUGAAAGAGAAGGACCAGGGCUGUUACCAGUGUCUGCUCAUCACCCCCUCUGAUGUGAUCGACACUGCUAAGACCUGUCUCUGGAUUCAAACUGUUGGAUCUAUGAAGCAAGUCUCUGGUCCAAGUCCUGUGGCUCAUGGCUCUGUGCACUGGGCUGUACCCUGCAGUGUGGUGGGGGUGGUGUUAGUGGCAGGGGCUGUGUGUUUGCUCCUCUUCUUCAGGAAACACAGAGCCACAAGAGAAAAGAGGAAUGUGGAAACCGUAGAAAAUGCAAUGAUAACACCAGAUCCCCAUGAAGGCGGACGUUGGGAGCACACGUAUGUGGAGGACGCUACAGACCCUGAUGACAGAAAGUCAUCAUCACUCUCCUUUACUGCGAUGUAA